AUGGCAACUCCAGCCUCGAAGGAGGGGGUGGACGGCUCCACUGCAGAGCGGGGGGACAAAAGGCCUCAAUUGUCGGUAAACGGUUACCCAUCGCCAGGCCCGCCGUCCUCGACUGAGGCGACAGACGACGCUUCAUGUCUGGCUCGGCCCCCGGCGGAGACCGAGGACACAAAAACAGACGCUGCUGGCCCCCUGCCGGCAACUCCCUCUGCUUCAUCCCGUUAUGCCGUCGCCAGUGCUGCGGGCCCUCCUGCAGCAAAAUCGCUCUCUUCCGGUCGGGCUCGCCCUCCGGCGCUGCGCGACGACGGUGAGCUCUCUCCGGCGUCGCUGGGCGCCGCGAGCCCACUGCUGAGCGUUUCCUCUCCAGUGGCGGGGGCCUCUGGCCUCACGCGGAGUGCUGGUGCCCCCGCUGAGACCCGGGGUCGGGCGAAUGUCACACGGAGGAGUGGCAGCCUCUCGCGCGAGUCAACGCUUUCUCGAGCGAGCAGCGUAGGGAGCGUGCGGCGACUGCCGGCGGGUAUCGGCAGCGGCACACAGCGGCGCGCGAGGACGGCGAUGGCGGCGAUUGAAGUGCGCGGAGACUUGGUGGUGAACAACGUUUCGAGCUUGCAGGAACUGAUGAGCCUCCUCGAGGACGAGAAUUCUCCGUUUGUUCUCCAGAUGCGAGACGUGGAGCUUCGCGUGGGCACGAACCAGGUGGCGCGACUCGGCGACGCACUUCCUGCCCUUCGUGAGCACCUCCAGGCGCUCCAGCGAGAGCAGGAGACGACUUCGGGACAGCGAACAAGGAGCCCCGCAGGGGCGCGUAGAGUUCAGGCGCGGCCGGCGACGCCCGCCUCAGGGUCGAGAGAGGCCGCGAGAACCGCCACGGCGCCUCCGGUGUUGAGGACGGGUGUGGCUGUUCGAGGGACUGUAGAGGGUCGGCGAAGCGCCGUGGUGCGCAGUCGGUUGCCGCCGGCGGCGGAGGUGAGUGUGGGCACUCGGUACCCCAUCGUGGGGGGAGUCUCGCGGCCGGUGGCAGCUCUGGGGCGACGCCUGCCGUCCGGAGCUCUGCCGUCGCCCUCUGCGGCGCUGCCGUCCGCGACGGAAGUGCGAGCUGCCAAUGCGCUUGCGCGGGCGCGUCAGCUUGCAGCGGAGGCUGGGAGCGCGUCGCCGAGUGCUCAGGACCAGUCACAGUCGAUUCUGCAGCGGCUCUCCGAGGUGCAGCAAGAGGUCAAGUCUCUGCUGGCUAGCGAAGGCGUUGUCACGACCGGCGACACGAAGAAAAAGGGGAAGGGCGAGGCGUCUGGCGACGAAGGGGAGGACGCUGCUGUCCAGAGAGAUGCAGGCGGAAAGGGAGCGACUCUCUCCGGAAUCAAGGUGGCGGCGGGAGCCAAACACGUUCCAAAUUUCGGAGCGAGCUCCAGCAGCAGCAGCGCUGGUGCAUCCAGCACUGGCUUGAAAGGUGCGAGCGCCGACAAGGGCGAGAAGAGAAGCGUAGAAGGGAAUGAGUCGUCACAGAAGAAUACUGAGGUGGAAGGGAUGCUGAGCAAGAACCAGGGUAGUGGGGCCGUGGGGGAUACCCAGUCUGAAGAGAAGGACACCGGAUUGAAGACAGGCGACAGGGCUGGUGGGGGGGACAACACUGACACACACGAAGAUAAGAAUGCCACUGCGGACGAACGAGACAAGGAGGCAUCGAAGGUUCAUGAAGAGAAGUGGAAGAACGCUGAGGAAGCGCAGGAACAGCAAACCACCGCAUCGAUGUUGGUGAACCAGGUGGGGAACUUUUUCUUUCGAGCGUUUUCGUAUGACAGGAGCAGCCACCCAGCUGAGGAACCAGAGACUCAAGACGCAGAAAAAGAAGAGGAAAAACACGACGAAACGAAGGGACAGACAGAAGAGACGUCCAAAGAGACGGAGUCAGCGGAGGAAAAGGAGGAGAGUGAAGCUGAGAAGUGA